GGGGCGGACGGGGGGUUGGCGGAGGUGGACGGGAAGUUGGAAGAUGGUGGUUCGAGUUCUAAGCAGCUGUGGAAGUUCUAUAAGUUCUAAGUUCCUUUUUGGUUGCCCGGCUUUUUUCUUGGAAGAGUUUUGGAUGUUGGUUGGGGAGAUUUCUGAUAUCGAGAUGCAAAGAUGUAGAGCUAGAGAUAGCUAGAGACUAGAGAUGUAAAUCAUUCUAGUAUUUGAAUGUAUUUGAUUUGAUGUGAUAUAUGGAGACCUCCUUGGAGUUCUCGGGUGCUUCUUCUCAGCUUCUUCCGCUUCGAUCCUCCUUCACCUCCUUCAGCCCUCGGCUCGGACCGCCUGGGUCCCGGAGGCAGCUCGGACCGCCCGCCUCCAUGUCGUCCGGGGCUGCUCACGCUGGCUACGCGGGCGGAACCGCGGUCGCGGCCGGGACCCGGCCGCACGUGGUGAUCUCCACCAAAUUCGAGGAGCUGAGUUGGUGGAGACGAAGACGUUGAAUAUCGUUUUACCUUUGUCACUCUGAAGCCACCAAACUGGCGCUGUGAAAGCCAAGUUCAGCCUUCCAAAGGAAGAGAGCGGAGAGAGGUGAAGAAAGGUGAAGAGGUGAAGAGAGGUGAAGAGGUCUACUUCUUUAAGGCGGUGGGUGUCGUGUUGAGCCAACCGCUGCAUCUUGAUUAUAAUUAGGGGAUAACGAGUCAAUGGCAUGAGGAGGGAGCCUAUGAUAUGCCAUCCACUUGUUAUCCUAUAGUGCGUUCUGUGUUUCCCAUCUUCCAGGAACCAUGGUACAGCAUCUCCCUCAAGGUGAAGGAGGGCCUGGAACGAGCAGGGUGCUCGGUGUACAACCCUAACACAGACAAUGCCGAACUGUGCAAGCAAAUGCAGAUCGAGCAGAAGACCAACGACCGGUGGCUUCUCACCUUCAACGAGAACUUGGCGAAGGUUAUGGCGACUCAGGGCUUUGUGAUCCAGAUCCAACAAGGGGUUGAACGGGAGAAGUCCUUCAUGCAGGAUGCACAUGGCACAAGUCAGGGGUGGUGCAGGAAAAUGCAAUGGUAUUUUGUAUUUAUAGGUGGGUUUAGUUUUGUGCAACAUGAAGAAACAAGAGACUAGACUAGAAAGGGACUAGAACUAUAGUUGUUCGCCUUGCAAUUUUCGUGAGUUUUCAUCACGGUCCAACAUAUACAGGUUGAUUUACAUUGUCUGUGAGAGUUGGUCACCUUCCCAAAUAUGUUUUUAUCUUGAACAAACACUUUGUCCACCUUGCAUUUCCUGCAAGAUUCUUUAAGACUGAUUUAGCUUCACUAUACAUUUAUACUGUCGUUGCAUUUUGGGGGGGGCUUCUGACAAAGGCAACCCGUAAGGUUCCACUCUUCCGCGGAGUCCUUUGUCCUUGUCAUGACUUUGUCAUGGCUCUUCCGCUGAAAUCUCAUGGGUCAGGAUUCAGGAUUCAGUUGGCAUAAAGCUUAACACGCAUACCGGAACUCUUUUCUGCUGAGGGUCUCAUACAAAAAGCAUAUAUACUUAUGACACUUAGCAAUUCAGGAGGCCGAGGAGAUGAUGGCAAGCUGGCUCAAAGUGCCGCGCAUCGGCUUGUACGCC